AUGGCUACCAAUGGCGAGACGAAGCACGAGCAUGCUGUCAUAGGCACAGAGAAGAACUUCUGGCGAUACUCAUCGCGGACAGGCUUUGAUCUCACGCGUAACAAAGACUCCCAAGGAUCACCUCCAUCAUCGAAUGUCACCGUUGAGACCAAAACAACGCCGAUCACGGUCGACCCUGCAAAGUCUGCCCUUGUGAUCAUCGACAUGCAGAACUUCUUCUUGAGUGAGGCGUUCGGACGGAAGAAAGGUGGCGGCCAUGCCGCUCUUGAGCAGCUCGUUGAGCAUGCCGUACCUGCGGCCAGGAAAGCCGGCAUUAGAGUCAUAUGGCUGAACUGGGGGCUGACAGACGCAGAGAUCUCGGCCAUGCCACCUGCUGUGACACGAUCGUUCGGCUUUGACAUGCUGAACGAUGAGGAGGGAAAGAUCGAUGGCAACACCUUCGAGGCGAAGACGAUUGGCUCGGCUGCUAACAAGCACGGUAACACGACGUUACCUGGAGACUCCUCAAAGAGUCAAAGAUACUACAAAGGCCUCGGAAGUGAAUGUGGAAUUGUGGAGGAUCCAUCGACUGGAAAGGAAAUUGAUGCUGGACGACUGCUCAUGCGGGAUGCGUGGAACAGUGCGCUGUAUCCACCUCUAGACAAGGCGUACAAAGAAGGCACGCAAAUAGAGCUCCGGCCAGACGUUUGGAUCCACAAGAACAGAAUGUCAGGAAUGUGGGGUGCGAAGACGGAGUGCGAGGACUUUCUGGAGAAGGAGGGCAUCAAUACUCUGUUCUUCACAGGCGUGAACACAGAUCAGUGUGUCGGAGGAACGUUGACGGACAGCUUCUCGAAAGGUUAUGAUUGCAUACUGCUGAACGACGGUGCGGCUACCUCGAGCCCGGAUUACGCACAGCAAUGCUUCGAGUUCAAUGCGGCAAAUACUUUUGGCUUCGCGACCACAUGCAAAGCUCUUGCAGAUGGUGUCGGGAAGAUGGGCUCGUGA